GACCUGCAUGAAUCAAGGACAUACAUUCUACAUGCUGUUAAGAUACUGUACUUACAUACUGCAGCCUGUUAAUGUAGUGUAACUAUUCAAUUUAGUAGUUGACAAUACUCAACAAAAUCAGUCCGUUGUACCCGCCUCCACUGUCAGAUCUGUAGUUAUAAGGACCUCAAGGAAAGCUGGCAAUAAUCUCGGGAGAUAAUAAUGUCUGCAGAAAAAGGCGAAAGUACAACAGACAUAACAAGCAACAGUGACUGGAUGUCGAAACUACCAUCUAAGUGUCAGAACAAAGAUCUCUUUCACCUGGCCAUACCAGGUAGCCACGACUCAAUGAGUUAUGACUUGGACAUAAAAUCCUCUAUAAUAGAGCCAGAUGUUCUAAAAAGAUUCAGCAAGAUUUGUUGUGCACGUAAAAUAGUGCGCAGAUGGGCAACCACUCAGGAGGAGCCGAUCGCAAAGCAACUGGAUGCAGGAGUCCGCUACUUUGACCUGAGGGUCGCUCGCAAGCCACAUGACACCAAUCCCACUAGGCUCUACUUUUAUCAUGGGCUGUUCACACGGACUGAUGUGGAGACAAUUCUCACGGACAUAAAUGACUGGGCAAAGGCACACCCCAAAGAGAUCCUCAUCCUGGCUUUGUCCCACUUCAAAGGGUUUGACGACACAAAUAAAAGCCACCUUCAUGAUCAUCUUAUCAAGUUCAUCAAGAACUUGUUUGGUGACAAACUCUUCCCCAGUACGGAAAUCCCUACCCUGAAGAGCUGCUGGGACAAAGGCAGAAACGUCAUAGUUUCAUAUGACUAUCAGGCAGCUCAUCACCCUCAGUUAUGGAGUAAAAUAACCUAUUACUAUGGCAACAGUAUGAAGCCUGCAGAAGUUGAGUCAAAACUUAUUCAGGAUUUGGCACAUGCAUGGCCCAGCAAAAAUUUCUUUGUCUGUGGCUUGAACCUGACACUCCCAGAGAAUGCCAGCAUACUCAAGUACAUCCUUCGCCUUUAUGGCAACCUUCCAAGCGUCAUACGGAGAAGUCUGCCAAGCAUGGUGCAAUGGCUGAAAGAGCAAGCUCUUAAAACACAUGUGAACAUCGUUGCCUCAGACUUGGUGACUUCGCACGACUUUGUCUCAACUGUUGUUGAGCUUAAUUAUAAGUACCAGUGAAAGCAUAGUGGAAACUGAUGCUUUAGUUCUCUUCUACAGCAUAUUUACACACCUUCUCAUAUUGUCUGUGUUACAUACUUAUUGUCUCACAAACUAAUGUAUUCUUAGAAAAAUCAACACACUGUUGUUCCCUGGCCUGUGGCGCGCCACCAUGUGUCAAUUUAUGGUAUUGCAAUAAAGUGUUAGACUCAUGCCUGGAA